AUGAGAACUGGCUGGGGAAAUAAAACAAAAACACAAGAGCUACUUCCUUACGAAUAUGGAGAUGGCAAUCCAGUACCAACCAUCAUCUUCAAGGACCUCCCGUCGACAUUUCAUGCCUAUGUGAUCUCCAUCAUUUUCGCCUUCACUGGAUCGUUUAGCUCGUUGUUGAUUCGCGACAAGGUCAAGUAUGCAAAGUACGAAAAGUUCAGCCGGUUUUACUCCCUGGUUUUUAUGGUAUUCGCUGUAGCAAUCCUCGUCUAUGCUGUCUCCUUGUCGUGUUUGGUCACAGGUGAUGAGAAGAUGCAAGUGGUGCCAGCUUGA